AUGCGUUGUGGUGCCACUUUCGCGGUCGUGGGGCUUGCCGCAGGUCCCGUAUCGGCCUGGUUGUUCAGCAGUAACCCAACGUCCAAGCCCCUCACGGCCCGACAUUCAUAUUUCCGGCCGAGCGACGAAGCGACAGGCAUAUGCCAAGAGUCCUCGUGGUCAUACGGGACGAGGAAGAGGGCUCAGGUCAGCGACUGCGUUGCCCUCGCGGACGACUUGACCGCUCGCAACGGGACAUAUUACGUCGGCAACUUUGACACGAGGGACUAUCACGUACCCGUGGCGAGCCACGGCUCUUGCACGCUGGGCUUCAGCUAUCUCGAGCAGGAAAACGGGACGGAGGGGUUUUGGGCUGUGGGCGACAAGGAUGUGGCUGGAAUCGUGAAGGAGGCCGUUCAGCGGCUUGGGCGAAACGAGAUGAUUGCCGGAGUCGGCACGACGCUAUGCCAGUACGACAAGAGUCGGAUGAGGUAUAUGGUUUGGCGGAUUUGGGACGCAAGUGAGGGCUAG